CCCUUCCCAGUCUGCUGGGAGGCUGGCGCGGGCCGGGGGCGGCGGGGGGAGAGGAUGAGAGCCUGCGGGUGGAGCGCCAAGGUGGGCGUUGGCGACUUCACCCUGGGGCUGGAAAGGAGAGGAAUGAGCGUUCCGGGGCAGGGCGUGUCCCAGCUUUUCUCUCUCCCGCCCAGAUUAUAAAUGGGCGAGUGGCUGAAUCAUAUCAUGAUAAUCAGAAAUGUUAUCUGGUAUUCAAGACAGCUUAUAGCAGAGAUUGGACUGUGUAGUCUUCUAAUAUUGAUUAUAACAAGAUUUAUUGAAUAUCAUGGGAGAAAUGGGGUGUACAUUUUACAGUGGUUUGUGUUUGAUAUAACUUGAUUAUCUUUAUGCAUUCGUAUUUGAUUAAUAAGAUUCAGUAAAGCCAGAAUUUCAAACAUGUUAACAAAGAAAUAGAGUAUAAAAUAGCAGGAAAAAAUUAUCUCACGAGUAUUGUAUCACAGCUCUUUGCAGGUUAGGGAUUGUUUCAUUCUUUGUAUUUGCAUCUUCUGUGUCUAGCUCAGGGCCCGAAUAUAGUAGGUGCUUAAUAAAUACUCGAUCGAUUGUGCAAUAGUUCUUUGUUUUCUUGAGGUGAUAUCUUAGUGUCUUUAUUUCAAUAUUUUUGAUCAGCAAUUACAGAAUCUCAGUUGGAAGAGACCUCAGAGGCCAUCUAGCCCAACUCAUACUUGAUCAAGCAUCCCUUGUUCAUGUACCAGGCAAGGGGUCACAGACUGCUUGCUUAAAGAUCUUCCAGUGAAGGCUAGACCGGCCUCCUAAGGAGACACUAGAAUCCAUGAUUUCCUGCAUAGUGCAUGUUCUAAAGAUGGAGCCCUCAUUGUCCAGGUGUGAUGACCUCUUUUCCACGAUCAGAUGCUUCUGGGCCCGAAAGCAGCAGAAAUGUGACUAAACCAGAGCAGCCACUCCUCCUGCCAUGAUGCUUUUCCGUAAGCUGCGGCUGCUGCCCUGGUCCAGCCCAGCUCUCCAUUUCUUUUUCUUGACAAUAGUAAUAUUUGGCAUUUUGGCCCCUCUGACCUGCCACCGCCUCCUCCACUCUUACUUCUAUGCGCGCCGCUGGCACCUGCACCAAAUGAGCGAGGAGUUCUUGGAGCAGAGCAUGAAGGAGGGUGAGGCUUCACUCCACUACUUUAAGAACCUCCAGGCCCUCAAUGUCACCCCACCCAAAGAUAGGCAGGGCCCCUCACGGCCUUGGCUCUUGAUCACCAUCAUCACAGUGUACCGACAGCCUGAGUUCCACUAUGUCUUACAGGUGGCAUCUCAGUUCCAUCGCCUCCUUCAGCAGUGCGGUCAGCCAUGCCAGAGUCACCAGCUCUUUCUGUGUGAUGUGGAUUGGAACUCCAGACACCAGGAUGCCAAGCUGCUGGCCAAUUUUAUCCCGGUGAGCAGCCGAUUUGCAGGCACCAAGGGUGUGAACAUUAGCAGGAAUGUCUUCAGUAAUACAUUUGAGAAAGAGAAGCAGGACUAUGCCUAUUGCCUGGAGAAAUCCCUGCAGAACUACGACCCAGAAUACAUUCUGAUGGUGGAAGAUGAUGCCGUUCCUGAAGAGCAGAUCUUUAGUGUCUUAAGGCACCUUCUGGAAACUAGAUUGUCUGAGCCACACCUCAGAGAUGCCCUUUACCUGAAGCUUUAUCAUCCCGAGAGACUCCAAAGCUACUUCAACCCAGAGCCCAUGAGGAUUCUGGAGUGGUUUGGUGUGGGGAUGUUCCUGGGGCCCUUGCUCGGUUGGGCAUAUGUCAAGAUUGCCAGACUCCCAGGGCUGAGCUACCGCAUCGUUCUUUUCUUCUCCUUGUACAGCAUGGGGCUGGCAGAGCUCGUGGGCCGGCACUACCUGCUGGAGCUUCGACGGCUGGCCCCUGCCCUCUACAACGUGGUCCCCACUACACAGUGCUGCACUCCUGCCAUGCUUUUCCCUGCCUCUUCGGCCCAGAGGACAGUGAGCUAUCUAGCUGAGAUAUCUUGCCGCAGUGGCUUUGCCAAGGACAUGGCCCUCUACUCAUUUCUACAGGACAAGAAUGAGAGGGCCUAUGUGGUAGAGCCUAACCUAGUAAGACACAUUGGGCUCUUCUCCAGCCUCCGGCUUAACUAUAAGCCCAGAUUGUUAUAAAAUCCUGAGAAAAGCCUUUCUGGAUGUCAGAGCACUUCUUAGGGAUAGGUACACUUAGCCAUGUAUUUUGGAUUCACUUACUUUCUUUUUAUUUGUUUAACGUUGUGUAGAGAAGUGUUCAUUGGGAAAAUGAGGGGCUUAGGGAUGAAGUGCCUUAACAGUUUGUAACCUGCAGACUGGUGGCAGGCAGGAUACCAUCUGAAUACCAAGAUUCUUCCAUAUUCUGCACCAGACCUAGGUACAUAACUUAUCCAUAAAUGUCUUGUGAAUUCUGGAUAUUUUGACUUUGACAUUCGAACUUUUUAGCAGAGCAGACCCAAUAAAUCUCUCUUACACACACAUACACACACUUACACUCACUCAGUCACUCUCCACCAAAAAAGAAGGAACACCCAAGAUUCAAAUAGGUGUGCCUUUGGAAAAAUUUUCAGUGAAAUAAUAGGCUGCCUCUUAGUGUCUUUGUAUGAGGAUUUAGAUCCAGUAAGAUCCUGGUAAAAUAUUCAUAGAAAGAAGACAUACAGAAAGGAGACAAUAGGUUAUGCCUGUGGGAGUUUGGGGUACAUUGGCCAAGGGUCUAAAAGCUUCCAACUUUAAGGGUCCAAGAUUGUCAACUCUUUCCUUCCGACACCCCACAAAUAAGUCUGAAGGCAUAAGCCAUCUAAAAUCUCCAAUUUUAAAUGUCUUUCACUUCUUUCUAGCCCAGAGCACCAGAAUCGGGAUUCAUUUGCCUUACCAGGAGUGAUUGAGGCUUCUUCUAAUCUUGUGGUGGACUGCUUACUUCCUUUCUUCUGUUGUAUGCUUGGAUACUUUCUACCUCCAUGUGCAGUUAUAGGGGAAUUGAAGGCAAAAUCUUACAUGUUAUCAUCCACAUUUGUUCAUUCAACAGGCAUUGAUCCUAUUGUGUGUAAGACAUGUGUGCUGGGCACUGAGGGGAAUACAAAGAUAAACUAGAGAUCACAAAAUCUUAGACUUGGAAGGACCUUCAGAUCUCAUCUAUUCUAGUACAGUUCAUAACUGAACAAAAUCCCCUCUGCCAUAUACCUGACAAGUGAUCAUCCUGUCUUUGCCUGAAAACUGCAAUGAAAAGAAAACCUACUAACUCCCAGGGCAACUUAGUCUGCUUUUUGAUACCUCUGAUUGUUAGGAAGUUUUUCUUUACAUUAAGUUUGAAUUUGCCUCUUUGUAACUUCUAUGCAUUUUUCCCAUCUCUACCUUCUGGAUCAGAGCCCAAGAAGUCUGAUCUCUCAUCCCUAUGACAGCCCUCCAGUAUUUUUAGGAGGAUAUCAUGUUGUUCCUUAGGAUAAACGUCUCCAGUUCUUUCAAAGGAGCCUCACAUGAGAUGAUCACAAGGUCCUUUUUCCUUAGCUCCUCUCCUCUGGAUGCUCUCCACCUUACAAAUUAGCUGUCUUAAAAUGUAUGUAGUACCUGUACUGGAACACAACACUCCAGGUAGUAUCCAGACAGAGCAGAGUACCAUAGAGCUAUCACAUUGCUCAGUAUGGAUGUUAAGCCUUUAAAUGAAGUCUGAGAUCACAUUAACUUUCUAUUUAAAUGCCUUCAUGGAGCGUAACAGUUUAGUAGAGAAGGGAGGAUAUAUACAGUAAUGAAGACUACAUGCCCACAGGAAAAUAAAAAGCAAUCCAGGCUGACUUUAAAAAAGACCUUGGAUUUUGUAGGUUUUUGAAAUAUCAACAUUCAGCCAUUUAAUUGUUAAACUGGGAACGGGGAACACAAAUUGUCAAUUAUAAUGGAUAUAUGUAUACACACACACACACACACACACACUCUCACGCACGCACGCACACCUUACUCAGCAUCAAACCUGGCCAAGACCUGUUCCAACCUGUAGGUUCCCUACCCUUGAUAGCUUAUAACAAAAAAAUUUCAUUCCAAAUAAAAGAAGAAAUUCUACCAUUUGUAAAUGGUGUGGGACUUCACCUUCAAAGAAUAAUUCAACUAAUUAGCACAUAACAAUGAUAGUUUGGAUUUUUUCCAGUGACCAGUUUCUGUAUUUCAUAUCUUUUACAAUGUACUAAUAAUAUAUGUUUCCUGCUACAUAUUGAGUUUCCUUUUACCAAUAACACAAGAAAGAUGUCAAAUUUCUGCUGCAGGGGGGGAAUGUUUUGCCGAGAAAGUCAAUUUAUUUGUUUAUGACAGCUGCAAAAGUUACAUAUGGUAUAUCAAACAACUAUGUGUAGCCAAGUUUUUUAUGUUAUGUAUAUGACUCAUUACAAUACAUUAGAUAGAGUUGGACAGUGGUCUUCAAAAUCUGGUUGGCUGUUGCCAGCAUCUGGGUACAGAUUAGGAGCUGCUCAGUUGCUUUUUAGCUAAAGCAAUUUCUGCUUAAAAGAGGCAGCACAGCAUAGUGGAUUGAAGACUGAUCUUGAAAUCAACAAGACCUGGGUGCCUGUCACAGCUUCCUAAAGUUAGUAACUUACAGAUUGCUAGUCAACAUCUAUGAAAUGGAGUUUCCACACCAAGAGGUACCCGUGCUAGUCACAAGCCUAACCAAAAAACAAAAAUCUGUCUAGGCUCAAAGAAGUUUUGUUUUGUUUUGUUUUGCUUUUUAGAACAAUUAAAUUUGUCCUGUUACAUCAAAAAAAAAUUUCCUAAUGAUUAAAUUUCUUCUGUUUCACAA